CGCAGCUAGAAAGCACAAGGCGACAUCAGAUCAUGUAUCUAACGAUGGUUGCUGUGGGAAUAACCUCAGGAGUUCUUCAUGUUAUAGUCCUGCAGAACUUGGGCCUCCUAGUUGUAUAUCUCAGGAUGAAGAUAAACAGCAUCGGCAUGUAAACGAUCCUAAAAGCCGAGUGAAGUUUGGGAACAAAACACAACGUAAAGAUUGCAGUGGGAGAACAGAGGUUGCCAAAACUAAAGUCAAGCAUCCAGCUUCACCGUAUCAUGUCUCGUCUAUGACUGUUUACCAGAAAGAUGGAAGCAAGGGAUUUACAAGUUCGAAGGAUGGAGAGAGGCAAGAGUUUGACACACCUGAUGCUGCUGCUGCUGAUGAAAAUAAUUAUCCAUCAUCCGAUCUGAGAGCCAAAUGGUUCCUCUCCACCAACCAAUGGCAAGGGUUCAUACCUCUGCAGAUCCCUGGCAUUGACACAUUGUACAAUGAGGCAGUAUCAGACAGUGAGGACCAACCAGCAUGCCCUGAUGAUGGGAAUGAACCCAAUGAAAUGUCAACCACAGUCAGUCAAAGCUUGGAGAAAAUGAAAGAAAAUCAUUCUCUUUUCUACAAGAUUGCAUGUGACAUCAGCAUCUCAGACUCAGACAUAACAAGGAAUGAUGGGAAUUCAAAUGCCCAAACAGCAUCCAGGCCAGAAGAGGAAGAACUGAUAAUCGCUGAAUCUGUGGAAGAUGAAGCGACUCACAAUGUUGGGACAUCUGUCCAAGAGAGCAAGAACUCCAACCUAAGUUUACAAUCAGAUGUUAAUGACAAUGGUCUGUCAACUAAUAACAAAGUCCAAGAUUUAACACAAGGAACAGAGGACAAAGCAGCAUUAAAUACCUUAGCCAGACCAGCAAGAGAGGCAUGUAUUUAUGAAGAGAUUCCCCGAAAAGAGUGUGAGGACACCCCAAGGCAAGAAUGCCAGUUGAAAGUCAAAGAAAAUAACCAUGGAGUCUCACAUCAGGACAAUGAUUCUGAUCAGGCCCUGGAUGAAAAUGCAAAGACAAGAGAAGAGAACAGUGGGACAAAAGAGUCAGACGAAAGGAAGGUAGAGGGAGAGAGGUGUGAAGAGCCGAAGAAAUCUAGUUUACGUGAAGAGGACAAACAGACAGUCCAGGACCGAGGCAACAACAACUCCAUCACUUCAUCCAGCUCUCUGGAUGAGGGCAGACGUGUGAUUCGGAGUGCCUCUUUUGGAAAGGCGCGAGUAACAGUAUUAAGGACAAGUUUGUAG